CAAUGUUGUUUACACAAUGGCCACCGUCAAUGCACAUCUUCGGCAUCGUUCAACUCUUGACGCUUACUUACGUUCUCACUCUAAAGUUAUAAACUCCACCAACAAUAGGAAAUCAGGAACUGCAAAUGAUAAUAAGUCGCAUACUCCAUCUUCUUUGCCUGGAUCAAAAGGAAAGAAAUUAAUAAAACUACCUACAAUACAUUCGACUAGUGAAAGAAAAACAAAAGCAACAUUUGAUAGCUUGCCUGAUGAGCUCAUAGCUAUCAUCUUGUGGAAAUUAAAAGUUGGAGACCUGGUCAAUGCUUCUCAAGUUUGUAAAAGGUGGCACAAAGUAGCUAAUGACAAUUCAAUAUGGAAACAUUUCUAUGCUCGUUUUGUUGGCCCAACUUACAAGGAAGAAGAAGAUAACAUACCAAUACAAGAUCUUAAAGAUGGAUGCUGGAAAAAUCUUUGCUUGAAACAAUGUCGCAUAAAGAGAGACAAAAUUUAUCUCAAGAAAUGGAGGCAGCCAGACAGUUACACUGGGCUGAAACAAAGACCAGAGCUCACAUUAAGUAAAGUUGGCACAAGGUUUGAGCUGAGCCUGACCAAUACUUCAAAUGUCACAUGGUCUGCAUCACACAGUGACAUUUACUGGCAUACCAUGUCUGCAAGUCUUCGGUGGUAUGAUUUAACUUUUCCAGACUUGCAAUCAUUAAGAGCAGUCAGAAUCUAUGCUUGUUCACCAUUGAUGUUUUAUGGCCCAUCAAAACCAGCAAAAGAUGGCAUCUUACAGAAAUCAUUACUCACAGAAUUUAAGGGGAAUUUAAAAGAAACUUUACAAAAAACAAAACCUGUUGGAUCUGAUACUCAUGUUGAACUGUAUGAAAUUUUUAGUGGUCUUAUCAUAGCACUAUAUAAGGCUGACAAUGAGAUAGCUUUUGUUACUUUCUCUUGUCACUAUCACAACAUGAUCUCACGCUGUUUGAGUGGGACUCCUGACAAGUGCUGGGAAAUGUCAGAAGUCGCGGGAAUCAAAGAUGAUAUUGAUCCACACUAUGGUCUCCAUGGCUACACUUGUGUUCUACUUGUAAGAAACAUGAGGCAGAAAUUGUUGGAGUGUAAGUUUGUGGAUUUAUUCACAACCAAAAAUAAAUUAAAUGGUGGCUUCGCAUUGUUUAAUCCAGUGAGAAAAGAGGAUAAAAUGACCCACAUCACAUGCCUUAAAGAAAUCAAUUUUCCUUGGAAAACUAAUUUAUUUAAAGGUGUUGUGAAGGAUGUUGGUAUUUUAGAUAUAACAUUACUGGAUGAAAGAGGGGAACCUUUCUGGACAGUGACAUCAUGUGUUGCAGUGAAACAGUCUUCACAAACCAAUCAGUUUGAAUUUGAUCCUGAAGCUUAUCAGUCAAUACAUUACGAGGACACUGUUGGGAAAAUUGAUUUAGACAUUGGGAAACUUGAUGAUGGAAGACAGUAUCUCAGUUUUGUGGAGAUCUCCAUUUCUGUGACAGCCAUCAACAAAUUGUACAGUACUUGUUAUUAAAUACACAGAGAAUUAAGAAACCUCAACUUCAAAUAGAAAUGGUAUAGUGACAGGUGUAACCAUGUUUUCAAUGCUGCUGUGCUACUUUUAAGAUUUCAACCCAGAGGUUUUAAUGCAGAACCAAAAAAUUCCACCUAAAUUAAUCUACUGCUAGUAUAGUUUUAAAGUAUAUUAAAAACUGGUAUCUAAUUUGAAAUUAAUUUUUGAAACAGUUUGUAUCACAUACUUGUAUUAAUUGGCUUCAACUGGUGCUCUUGUGAUGUAUUCAUUGCUCUUACUUUCCCUUGGAAUUA